AUUAUUCCUUCUUUCUAUAAAUAAUUAGUAUUUUCAUUAUUGUCCCAACGGGUUUCUCUGAAACUAGAAACUCGACAGAGAAUCCAGAUGCUUUCCUAAUAUACCGAUUUUCUCGGGAAAACAGAGGAGAUCUGUGAAGUCAAUUCAGGUUCUUCUAUUGAACAAGAGAGAGAGAGAAAGGUCUGUACUUUGAUCUUUGUAGUACACGUGGCGAAAUGGGUUUGGAGAAAUGUUGAUGAUCUCCAUGUCCAAGUCCCAGAGUUCAUAGAUCUUUAGAUCCGUUGUUGCCUUUGUCGGUUUAACAAAAACUGAGAGAAAAAUGAUGAAGAUGAUGAGGAACAAACCGACAAAUCUUCCGGCGACUUCUGGCGGCAGGGAGUCAGGCGGUCAUGAUUGGGAAAUGAGACCCGGUGGAAUGUUGGUUCAGAAGCGUAACCCGGAUUCGGAUCCUGUCGGAGCUCCACCACCACCGAUGAUCAGAGUCAAAAUCAAGUACGGUUCGCUCUACCAUGAGAUGAGCAUUAGUCCUCAAGCUUCAUUUGGGGGGCUAAAGAAAAUGUUAAGUGGACCAACGGGUAUUCACCAUCAAGACCAGAAACUAAUGUACAAAGAGAAAGAGAGAGAUUCAAAGGCCUUUCUUGACGUUUCCGGAGUGAAAGACAAAUCCAAGAUGGUGCUUAUAGAAGACCCCAUUAGCCAAGAGAAACGCUUUUUGGAGAUGAAGAAGAUCGCCAAAACCGAAAAGGCGUCUAAAGCGAUCUCCGAUAUUAGCCUUGAAGUUGACAGACUCGGAGGACGUGUUUCGGCGUUUGAGAUGGUUAUAAAUAAAGGAGGAAAAGUCGCCGAGAAAGAUCUUGUUACGGUGAUCGAAUUGUUGAUGAAUGAGUUGGUAAAGUUGGAUGGGAUUGUAGCUGAAGGAGAUGUGAAGUUGCAAAGAAAAAUGCAGGCGACGAGAGUGCAGAAUUAUGUGGAAGCACUCGAUGUUUUGAAAGUGAAGAACUCAAUAAUGGCUAAUGGGCAGCAGAAACAGCCAAAAGGUCGGAGACUUGCAACGAUUCAAGAAGAUAGCAAUGGACAGAGGCAAGAGCAGAAACCUAUACAAGCACUUAUGGGCAUGCCUAUAAACUACAAACACAAGAAGCAAGAGAUUGUGGAGGAGCCUAGAAAUUCAGGACCAGGACCAAAUCUGAUGGAUUCUUCUACUAAAUGGAAAACAUUUGAUCAUCAUGCUGCCACUCCAUUGAGCUCGAUCACCGCAAAUAAUCACGCCAUCCCGCCAAGGUUCAAUUGGGAAUUCUUUGAUUGAGAAACUCAUAUGGUGAGAGCUUCUUUUUUUUCUUUGCUUGUGUGGAGGUUUCUUCUUCAUCUUCUUCCUUAUCAUGAUUCUUUUGAUGUACUUAGAUUUUUGUGGGCGUUGUUGUUGUUGGUUCUGAGAAAUAAACAGAGACGCUACUAUAGAGAAGUGAUUAUGAAAAAUCCUGAUUCAUCUGUG